UGUGGGACGCAGAUAUCCGAAAAUUUGUUCUCCACAGGUUCUAAAAGAUGGCCAAGCUCGCAGACCCGUCGCCUGGAAAGACUAAAAAAGGGAAGCGACACUCAUUGGCUGCCCCUACUGCCGACACUCCCGCCGUCGCCAACUCAGAUGCUGUUGUGAAGGAUGUAGACAUGGAAGAUGGCGAAGCAAAGGAUGUGAAGAAAACGUCAAAGAAGGAAAAAAUCCCCACCAUCCCCCCCGGAGAAUUGUUGCCUAUCGCUAAGCCUCUUGCUGACCACAAGCUGAACAAAAAAGUCGAGAAGCUAAUUUCGAGGGCGAGGAAAGUCCAGCGACUAAGACGCGGGAUCAAAGAGGUUGUGAAGAGCAUUAGGAAGGGUGAAAAAGGCGUCCUUGUCCUGGCCGCAGACCUCAGCCCCAUUGACGUGAUCUCGCAUUUACCCAUCUUGGCUGAAGAAGCGCAAAUCCCGUAUAUCUAUGUAGUCUCCAAGGAAGCGCUUGGUCGUUCUGCCUCAACUAAAAGACCGACGAGCUGUGUCCUUGUUUCUACAUUGCCAUCGAAAAAGCAGAGCGGUGCCUCAAACGAAGAGGACGAAACAGAGCUUAAUGGGCUCUAUGAGGAAUGUGCAGCGACAAUUAGUAACCUUGAUGAACACAUUGUUUAUUGAGUUUUUCCCCUUGAGCCGGGCUUCUGUAUAUUAGAUUAUUGUCCGUAAUGAUCAUCCAUACCGAUUGAUGUAUUUUGAGGAUUCGGACUUUCAUUGCUAUCAAGGG